GGUAACUUUAAUAUGGGAACUUUGUUUGGCCGGCCAUUCCAGAAUUGCCGGCAUAAACUUUAAUCUCGUCUUCCGGAAUUGGCAAGGCAAGCAUCUUUACUUCUGAUGCCAAGCUCUUUCUUCACAAUAAAUACAGAACAAGGAAAAAUCAUAUCCGUGGCAGUAACAGCAAUGUCUGCCGAUAGCAAACCGUAUGACCGUCUCAAAGAUAUCAAAGCAUUCGUCGAAUCAAAGGCCGGAGUGAAGGGCCUUGUCGAUUCGGGCAUUACCUCCAUUCCUCCCUUCUUCAUCCACCCACCUGACAGUCUAUCAACCAAAGCCCCAACUUCCUCCAAUCCUAACAUCAUUCCCACCAUCGAUCUCUCCGGGGUUGACUCAGGCAAAAGGCUUGUGCUAGUCCAGCAAGUAGCACAUGCCUGUCGCGAGUUGGGUUUCUUCCAGAUUGUCAAUCAUGGGAUUCCAUUGAAGGUCAUGGAAAACAUGAUUGGAGCUAUAAAGUCGUUUAACGAGCAGCCAACGGAGAUCAAGUCACGCAUAUAUGGUUCCAAACGCAGUGUAGAUUUCGGUUGUAACAUUGGCAUGUUAAAAGCUGCAACUUGGAGAGAUACACUGCGUGUUUUGCCAUCUCACAGCAAUUUUGAGCCAAAGGAAAUCCCAGAGAUAUGCAGAGAUGAGGUUCUGGAGUGGGAUAACGAGGUCAAACAGGUGGGAGAGGUGUUGAUGGGGUUAUUAUGCGAGGGGUUAGGACUGGAAAAUAGAUUUGUUUUUCAGAUUCUUACUAAUGAUGAGUACAAGAGUGUAGAGCACAGAGUGUUGACUAAUUCUCACGACGAGCCACGGGCUUCAGUUGCAGUUUUUUUCAACACCAUCAACAACGAUGUCUUGUAUGGACCAUUUGAGGAAUUAGUAUCAACAGACAAGCCAGCUUUGUAUCAGCCGUUCACGUUAUCAGAUUUUAUGAAGAGAUAUGUCACAGAAGAUUUGGGUGGCAAAUCUUUAAAAAAUCACUAUAGGCUUUAA